AUGGAACUGGCUAUCACCCAAGAGGAUGCUAACAUCCUGCUCAAGCAGAAGAAUCUGCUCAACGAGUCUGUGCUCGAGAAAUACAGACUUGCUGGACAGAUCUCGCAGACCUGUCUGGCCUACCUCACCUCUCUGAUCAACUCCUCUUACCAUUUGGGAACCCAUGAACCAUACUCGGUUUCCGAGCUUUGCAUUCUCGGAGACUCCUACAUAGAGAGAUCCCUCAGAACUGUGUUCAAAAAAGGUGCCAAUGCCGUGAGAGAAAAGGGUAUAGCAUUGCCUGUGACGUUUGAGAUCAACGACAUCGUAGCUGGUUUCUCCCCGGAACUUCUUGAUGAAGAUGCGCUUGUUUUCCAGCCAGGUGAUAUCGUCACUAUCUCUUUGGGAUGCCACGUGGACGGUUACACUGCCAACGUCUCGCACACACUGGUUAUAUACCCUCCUGGCCAGGCUCCUGCUGGACCCUUGCUGGGUCCAAAGGCAGAUGCUGUUUGUGCUGCCCAUAUAGCGACUGAGACCGUCGUUGCCAUUCUAGCAGGUUCUUUGAUGCCUGAAAAGCUUCCAAGGAGCUUGAAAUCCGGCGAUAACACCGUUACCGGUAGUAUUCUGAGGUCUGUGGUGGACUCGAUUGCAGAGUCUUUCAACUGUACCGUGGUGCCAACCUCUAAGAUCAGAAGAAUCAGACGUUUCCUUGCAGGUCAGGCCGAGGGAGUUGUUGCCGAGAAAGAGUUUAAGGGUGUUGUUUGGUCUGAGGCUGAUCAGGAGCUCAAGCUUCUGGAAGAGUCGUCGACCAACACCGAGUUGACUACAUACGAGCCCAAGUCGGUCUCCGCCAGUGAAACCGCUAUUCCUUCGGACAAAAUCAUUAUCUCUGCAGGCGAAGUGUAUCUCGUGGACCUCAAAAUGGCUCCAUUGGCUGACUUUGCCGACCACGGCAUAGUGAGUCUCCAAACCGUGGAUGCCUUUUCAGGAAAGAACCAUAGCAAAGACUCGCCUAGUACCAGACCCAGUAUCUACCUCAGAGAACUGGCUACGCAAAAGACCUCCUUCAGACUGAAAUCAGCCAGAAAGCUUUGGAACCAGCUCGACAAGGAGCUGUCUGUGUAUCCGUUCAAAUUGGCAUACACCUCCUCGCAUUUCCCACUGCAGUUGAACGGAAACCUGGAUGCCCAACUGGCAGAAAUCAAGCACGAGAUCCAGCGCACCAAGGUUGGUGCAAACGAGCUUGUGAACUCCAACUCCGUGGUCACGAGACCCAUUCAAAGAGCAAGAUUCUUGCCUCUGCAGGUGGUUCUGAAUUCGAGUAACUUGACCGGUUCGACUGGUUUUGAUGCUGAGACCCCCGUUCUUCCAGGACUGGAAAUCCCCUUGCCCAGGCUCAAUAUCUCGUCAUUGAUGGUGAAGAACCUGAUGAAACAGUCUCUUGCUAUUCCAGUUGCAAGAGAAGCGACUACGGUGGUUCUGGUUCCAGCUGAGGCCACCAGCACUGGUAUUCCCGAGCUGUUGAGAUUGACUGGUGGUUCCCAGGUUGCCAAUGCCAGUUGGGUCCACUCUGAGCGUGCACUUGCGGGUGAGUACGUUGGAGCCAUUGGCGAGUUGGUUCAACUGAGCCAGGACGCAAGAUUCGGAUUGAAAAUCAGGGAAUGCCAGCCAAUGAAGUUAGACAAUCUGGUCCAGAGCACUCUGAACAACGAGGUUGAGAUGAUGGAUUGA